AUGAUGGCCUGGCAGAAAGUAACCACAAAUGAAAAACAUUUGGAAAACACUGAGAACAUUACUUUCUGGGAAAGAAUUCGCACUUCACCUGCCAGUAGAUUUUUUCAAGACAAUGCCUUUGGCAAUCCACUAGAGACUACUGCUGUGUUACCUGUGCAAAUUCAGCUUACUUCUUCUGUUAAUGUGGACAUGGAAAACAACAGUGCUUUACCGUUUGAUGAUGCUUCAGUGUCAGGGAAACCGUCUCUGAUUUGCACACAAGAAGUUGAAAAGUUGAAUGAGGCCUUUGACAUUUUGUUAGCUUUUUUCAUUUUAGCUUGCUUCUUAAUCAUUUUUUUGAUCUACAAACUUGUUCGAUUUAAACAGAAACUAAAGGCAUCAGAAAGCUCAGGGGAAAACAGACUUGAAUAUUACAGCUUUUAUCAGUCAGCAAGGUAUAAUGUAACUGCCUCAAUUUAUAACACUGCCCCAAAUUCUCUAGAAAGCCCUGGUUUGGAACAGAUUCAACUUCAUAAACAAAUUGCUCCUGAAAGUGAAGCACAGGUCAUUCUCUUUGAACACUCUGCUUUAUGAUUCAGCUAAAUAUUGGCUUGAGGAAAACAUCAGUGCUGUGGACACAAAUAAAACUGAAGCCUCCUUAUCGAGUUAUAAACUUUACUUGAAAACAUAAUAUGAGCUUACCAUUAA